CAUUGCAAAACAAAUCACUGCUUGUGCAAGUUUCGUUCGUUCUUAGCUCAUCCUCCUCGAUUCUUCGCCAUCAUGGGAGACGAACAAGAUAAAACCAGUGAAAAGGAUAAACCCAUCGACGGUGUGCCGCAGCUGGAUAUGAGUAAAUCACCGAAACAGAUUUAUUUCGAGCUACUGCGGACCUGGGUGUACCAUGCAGACAUGCAAAACCACAUCCAGGCCUACUUCCCGUACUACCUGAUGAGCAACUAUCCACAGCUGUUUCAGCUGAAUGCCGGUGGCACCAUGUCCGCGGCCAUUCCGGGGCUGAAUGCUUUCAUGACGGGAACGGCCACUACCACCGCCACGAUCAACGCUGCCGUAGCGGCGGCUGCUGCGGCCGCUUCUACAGGUUCCUCAAAUUCGUCGGGCACACCGUCAGGUCAAGUGCCAUCGCAAGGACCAAAUGGAGGACAUGCUCGAGGAAGGAACGAUACAUCGGAUCAGACCCGCCAAGAGGAGGCUAUUAAUCGACACGGAGGAUAUGAGUACGUGAUUGCUCCGCUCUGGAAAAGAUUCGCUGCCGAGGCGAUCGAUAUUGUCAUCAUUUUUCUGUUGAAAAUUAUGACAACAUUGGCCUUUAUUGAUGCAUUCGAGAUAGAUCUAUUGUACAUGGAUUUGGAUGCUAUCCGCAACUCGUUCGAGGAAGAUUACACCGAACUGCUAUCGUUUACCUCCGAGCUGAUAUUCCUGGAGAUAGUGAUUAAGAUUGCGGUGUGCAUAUACGAAGCCGUCUGGACGGCCCAUGUACAAGUCAUACCGGGUAGUGCGACCCCCGGGAAAAUGCUGAUGGGCCUGCGGAUCGUCCACGUCGAGUCGGUGGUUGUGCUCGAACCGCAACCCCAACCCGGUCUGUUGAACAAUCAAACGCCACUCCGGGCACUCCUGUACCCCGCAACAACGCCCAGCUUUGGCCGUGCGUUUGCUCGGGCCGUCGUGAAAAACGUCGUGAUAGCGUUUUUCUUCCCAAUGUGUUUGCUGCUACUGUGUUUCCGGCACAACCGGUCCAUCUACGACGUCAUGACAAAGACGGUGGUCGUCGAGGACAAUCCAAAUCCGGUGCUUCGGCGACGCUAAACGUGCUGCGCUUUGCUGGUAAGAUCGCACAACAUGUACCAAAUGGGACUAUGGGUGAAGGGAAGAGAGAGAGAGAGAGA